CAAAUACUGUACUCCCAGUUAGUUUGAUUCAGCAUGCGAAUUUUGAAAACAGCAGCUAACAGGAUCAGAAAACGUCAAACACUGCAGAAACACUCCCACCCUCAAAUAUCUCUGUAACUACACUAACAGAUUUAUAUGAGACUCUGACUUCCAGAACAUGGACAUCAUUAAACAUGGUCUCCUCAGCUUUUUAAUAUUUCUGCUCUGGAUGAAAGGUGACUUACUUUAAGAACUUAAGUGUUUUAUAGUGUUGAACUAUUAUUUUUGAGAUGACAGCAGAGGGUGACAAUGAUUUUAAAGUGGUAUACUUAAAAAUGUUCACUAUUAACCUAACCGUUUUACACACAGGUCUAAUUGAUGGUGAUACAGACACAUGUGAAAGCUGAACAAAAACCCCAGCGCACUUUUACUAACUGUAUAUAUCUGCUCUACUGUAGGGGGACCUCAAGUACAACCACAGAUCAUCACAUAAUACAGCGACACUCCCACCUGCAUCUCUUCAUAUCUCUAUUGUAACGUCACACAGACUGACAGUGACUCUGGUCUCCAAGUUCAUUUUGCUCAGAACACAAUAAUGAUCACAGCUGGUCUGAUCAAACUCUCUGCAGCUCUGCUCUGUAUUACAGGUCUAAUUGAUGGGCGUGAUGUCACCCAGACCCCCGUGCUGUGGGGGGACGAGGGUCAGUCUGCCACAAUGAACUGCAGUCACACUAAGGAUGCUACUUUUGUCCAGAUGUACUGGUACAGACAGCUACCAGGGGAGAGGAUGAAGCAAAUAGUUCUCACAACUACAACUCCCCCACAUAAAUAUGAAAGUGGCUUCAGUGAGGACAAAUUUCCUGCAACGAAAAACAAUGCUCAGACCGGAUCUUUGACAGUGGAGAAGCUGCUGCCUGAGGACAGUGGAGUGUAUUUUUGUGCUGUGAGUCAACACAGUGAUACAGGUUCCUCUCUCAGCGACAAAGUCUACCAGACUCCAGCUGACAUGUACAAGACACCAGAAGGAAAAGCCACAAUCAGCUGUUCACACAGUAUUGAUAACUACGAUCGAAUCCUCUGGUACAAGCAAAUGGAGAACAGACAGCUCCAGCUCCUGGGAUACAUGUUAGGAAACAGUGGAACACCAGAGACUGGAGUGAAUGUGAAGAUAGAGGGAAAUGCAAACAAAGACCAGAACUGCACAUUAAAAAUUGAGCGACUCAGCCUGAGCAGCAGUGCAGUGUACUUCUGUGCUGCUAGAUUACACAGUGCUACAUAUCGCUGCUCCUCAGUACAAAAACCUCCUCGUCACAUUUUUCAUCUCUAUAUAACAGCUCACAGCCCCUUACACCUGUGUUCCCUCCUCAGUAUGUCAUUACUCAGAUCUUAAUACUGAGCCAGGGGUGUGUAAGUGGUAGUUAACAUGAGAGUUAUAAUUUUUAGAAGAGUAGGAUGCACAAUGACACCGCCCACAAUGACUUGGGAGGGUUUACUCAAAAAAGAAGAUAGGAAAUACUCAGUAUAACUGUUUCAUUCAUUGCAACAACAAAUUAAUGAUCGUAUUUUUGUCAAAAUAACCAAACACUCAGACAAAACACAAAAUGAUCAUCUUAUUCCUUUGCAUUACUUUUAACUCUAUUCUGGUUUCAGGUUCCUCUCCCAGUGACAAAGUCUACCAGACUCCAGCUGACAUGUACAAGACUCCAGAAGGAACAGCCACAAUCAGCUGUUCACACAGUAUUCAGAACUAUGAUCGAAUCCUCUGGUACAAGCAAUCAAAGAAUAAAAAACUACAGUUCCUGGGAUACAUGUAUAAAAACAACGAAAACCCAGAGACUGGAGUGGCUGUAAAGAUGGAUGGGAGUGCAGAUAAAGACCAGAACUGCACAUUAACAAUUAAAGGACUCAGCCUGAGCAGCAGUGCAGUGUACUUCUGUGCUGCUAGUUUACACAGUGCUACAUAUCGCUGCUCCUCAGUACAAAAACCUCAUCACACAUUUUUGAUCUCUGUACUUCAGCUCACAGCCCUUUACACCUGUGUUCCCUCUCUCUGUAGGUGGCAGUAUAUCUUUAAUCAGACCUUUAUACUGAGCCAGUGGCGUGUAGUGGUAGUUGACAUGAUGGUUAUAAUAUUUAGUGGAGGAGGAUGCACUAUGACACCACCCACCUAAUGACCUCAUGUUGAUUUGCUGAUAG